AUGGUCAAACUUGACGCGAUUAAGGAGGGAGACGAGAGGUACUUCAUCGCUGUUGGGCUCUUUGAAGGCGAUAAUCUGAAUGAAGACGUGCGGUUCUACGAGCUCGCUUCUCUCCAGGUUGUGAACCACAAGCGGAACCGGACAAAACCCGUCAAGGGUCAACGCAUUGGGGAAAAUUAUAUCUGCUCCUUCUCUGGGGAGAAGAUAAUCCUGCCAAUUUCAGACCCAUCGAAGCGUUUUUUGCUGUACAUUGCUGUUGUCACAAUAAGCAAGGGAACAGACGACCAGGGCAAGACAUUCAAGGAUAUAUCACUUAUGGGAAUUGGAUUCUCACAAGCGUUCGAGGUCAAUGUGUGUAAGAAGUAUCAACAUACCACAGUGGAGCUGCGCCUUGUUGAGGGAGGUGACCCAACCAUUAAUCCGGGAAAGAUUGAGGUGGCGAUUGACGUUUGUAAAAGCGACAAAGGAGAGGCAGUCGCAGAGGACGAGGAAGAGAAUAUCAUGGCCCAGUUCCAGGCUUGA